CCUAAUUUUCCUGAGAUUUCUGUGGUUCCUCUGCGAACUGAGCUCUAGCGAAAUGCUGAGAAGACAACCCAGCAAGAUCGAGGUCAAAAUCGAAGACAAGGAAGAACUCGAACAAGCUCGUAAACGCGCCGCCGCCGCCGCAGCAGCCGCCGCGUCCACCACCACCGACACAACCUCCGCCGCCGCCUCCCUCCUGCACAACCUCAAUCGCAACAAAGAUCCCACUUCCAAAGCUCAACGCCUUGGUAUCUCUUGAAAUAAUCGAAAUGGAGGUGGAAGUGAAGCUUCGCCUUCCGGAUUCCGUUUCUCAUGGUCAGGUUUCAACUCUUCUUUCGCCGUUCCAUGUUAAAACACAUCGCCAAGAGAAUUUCUUCUUCGACGGCUCGUCUGGUGAGCUCUCGGCUCGCCGAGCGGUUCUCCGUAUCCGAUUCUACGAUGACGAUGCGCGUUGUGUAAUCUCUCUGAAAGCCAGAGCGGUUUUGGUCGACGGCGUCAGUCGAGUUGAAGAGGAGGAGGAGGAAUUGGAGCCAUCUGUUGGGCGGGCCUGUGUGGAGAAUCCGCAGAGAUUGAAAGAAGUGGAGUCUAGAAUUAUGGGAAGGGUCAAAGAUGAAUUCGGGCCUUCUGGAUUUGUAGGGUUGGGAGGGUUUGGAAAUGUGAGGGGCGUGUUUGAAUGGAAUGGAUUGAAAUUGGAACUGGACGAGUCUAGCUUUGAGUUUGGGACUUUGUAUGAGAUUGAGUGCGAAAGCACCGAUCCAGAUGCAGCGAAGAAGAUGAUUGAGGACCUAUUGAAGGAGAAUCAAAUUGCGUAUUGGUAUUCUGAAGCUUCUAAGUUCUCUAUUUUUCGAUCUGGGAAGCUGCCAUAGAAUAUGGUUCGUGUGGCUUCCAUUGGCCGAGGGCUCAGAGAUCUUGUCGAUGAAGCGAAAUGGAGACUGGGAACCAAGAAGAUGCCAUUGUGUUCUUCAUCAAGUAUCUUAAAAUAAAUUCCGCUAUUUCAUUAUGCAUGAGUAUUGCACAUUGAGAAACAUAAUUUGCUGAUAUUUGAUAUGAUAAUCUUUGAAAGAAGCUUGUCUGCUUUGUUGCAUUGCUUGUGGUUGAAA